AUGCUGCUCCCCAGCGUCUCCUCUUCCUUCCGGGUCUUGAACCUCCUAGCACUCCUCCUCGUGCCCCUGUCACAACCCGUCAACGCUCUUCCCACGCCUCAAGCGGACAAGGAAUGCUCAACAGACCCUUGCGCCGUGGUCAAAGAUUGGCCAAUGACACCAUACUGUUACGAAGGGCACCAGAGGACUCAUGCCGAUGUAUUCCCAUCCGACACGGCCCCGCUUCUUCCCGAACACGGCCCCACUCCUGGAUCCGGAUACGGCCCCGCCUUCGGUGUCAUGUCCCCAUCGCCGCCGGCUGCGUUGGCAAGCUGA